AUGUCUCCUCCAACAUUUCCUGCUGUCGAUCGUCUUGGCUACAGCUUAAAUAUGGCCCAAGUAACCGGAAUAGACAUUAACUCAGUUGAUGCAGCUCUGAAGAAAGCAGAUCGUUGGAUCGUUAUUGACUUCGAGAAAUUUCAUACUGUCGAAAUUGACAACAAGCUGUACAACGUCCCCAACAUGGUUUCCGUCGCUCAAGACAUCCGACAAGUUGAAGGUCAAUUUAUUCAUUAUGCGAACGGCGACGCCGCGAAUGGUGCAUUUAACAAAGACCCUACUCUGAGCGGCCGCUACUUCGCGCUUACGGGACCCGCGUCUGUGGCGGCAGCCUUGCACAAAUCGUUUCUUCGUGACAAUCAAUAUGCGUUCUUCAGUCUCUCAAAGUUGAAGUAUACCGUAACUCUCAAAGACUACUCGAGUAGUAUCUAUACAGACGGGCUCCUGGAGAGAGUCAAAGAUUUGCCGAUUUUUAACGGGAAAGACCUCGCCGUUGUCAAAAAGUACAACGACUUCUUCAUAGCACACGGAUCCCAUGUCGUCAUGUCUGUUUCUUAUGGCGCCCGCUACCCGCUCACAGUGUGGUGUUCAAACAAAGACCAAUCAGUGAAUGAGAUGUUCCCCACAGAUGUCGAAGCUGCUUUCCAUGGCAUUCCAAACGGCGGGCAGUUCGAUGCCACAGUGAAGGACCAGACACAAUACAAGAAAUUUGAAAACAGCCGCCAGCAUCUCGUCUCGGCCUUGGGUGGUGACGAAGAUAUCGCCAAUCGCCUUGCGAACAACAGCGCGUCCUUUGAGGAAUACGAGAAAUGGGUCGGGACCGCUCGUCAACACCCCUGCUCCUUGCUGAGCCUCAACGUCGUCGAGCUCUGGGAGUUGAUGAGGCUGUCGAAGGAUGCCAUAGUCAAGAGUUAUUCUGACCAACUUUCGGCCGCAUUUGAUCACAUCAUUACGCGCCCUAAGAUUUUCAAGACGGCCGUCAGACUUGACAUUCGAUCUUCAUAUGCCGAUUUCAAUUUGAAGACCCCAAGCGCUUACCCUAUUGCUGACCGCGCGAAUCCUUUUCCAACCGGAGCCUCGAUUUCUAAUACACGCAUCAUGUGGAAAAGCCCUUACGGUCACGCUCUUCACAUAAUACUCUACUUCUUCGUGAUCAACGAUGGGUCCCCGAUCGAUUUCUCCACCGAUCGUGGAAGUAUGAGCUACUCUGCGAAUGUCAUCAUGGAGGGUAAUCAGUACCUCAAUAACGAGGGGAUGACCACCAAAUGGUUUUGGGCGGCCAAGGUGAACCCUUACCCGGAGACGAAGGGUGUCAAGAUAAUAGAAGAGCCAACCACUUGGGACAAAGUGCUGCACGACUACCUCAAUGCAAAUGGGGAGGACUCGGCGGACUCGGCGGAGCCCUCCGCUUGAGACCGCUUCGCUCCAUUCACGAGUUAUGAACGCCUCCCAUGACGAUCUGAAUAGAGUCAUGUUUCGCUCAUGUUACAAUUGACCAUGUAUGAUACGCAGGAGAUGUGAUAUUUUUGUAUUCCUAUUGAUACUUGCAUGCAUUCGGACAUCAUCA